UUCAAAGUUGAAAGUCAAACGACACUGCGGCUCUUCCAGUAUGGCGGUCCUGGCAGGACGCAGAGCCCUAUGGCAAGCCUUCCGCCUGCAAGCAGCGGACCGGGACAGCGCGUCCAGGCUGGCGUCUGCCCUCUCCUGCUCCAGACACUAUGUUAUUACCAGCCCGCACUGUGCUCGCACUAGUGGCCACGGAGCAGCAGCACGACACUACAGCUCCGACAGCAAGGAUGACUUGCGCGUCAGGUACUUGGACGACGAAGACACCGGUAUUGUUGUCGUUGGGAUAAAUCGUCCAAAAGCCAAAAAUGCCAUAAGCAAAAACCUUGUCAAAAUGAUGUUUGACACUGUGGAGGAUAUCAAGAAGAAUAACAAAGUGCGUAGUGUGAUUUUAUGCAGUUUGGUUCCUGGUAUCUUCUGUGCAGGUGCAGACCUGAAGGAGAGAGCCAAGAUGCACCAGAGUGAAGUGGGACCGUUUGUAUCCAAAGCAAGAGCCCUCAUCACAGAGCUAGGUAACUUGCCAGUACCCACAAUUGCUGCAAUUGAUGGAGCUGCCCUAGGCGGAGGCUUGGAAAUGGCCCUUGCUUGUGACAUCAGAAUUUCUUCCAGUAAUGCAAAAAUGGGACUGGUGGAGACUAAACUCGCAAUUAUUCCUGGAGCAGGUGGUACACAGCGCCUGCCUAGGGCGAUUGGCGUCUCUCUUGCUAAGGAGCUCAUCUUUGCUGCACGGGUGGUUGAUGGAACAGAGGCGUGCCGCCUGGGUCUUGUCAAUCAUUCUGUGGAGCAGAAUAGCAGUGGAGAUGCUGCCUACCUACGGGCUCUGGACCUUGCUCGUGAGAUCAACCCUCAGGGUCCAAUUGCAAUAAGGAUGGCAAAACUGGCAAUCAACCAGGGAAUGGAGGUGGACUUGGCUACAGGUCUGGCAAUUGAAGACGCAUGCUAUGCCCAGGUGAUCCCUACUAAAGACCGCCUGGAAGGUUUGGCUGCCUUCAAGGAGAAGAGGCGUCCCCACUUCAAGGGGGAGUGAGGCCACACUCCAGAAACGACCUGCUUUCAGCUCUCCUACUGUUCUCUGCUUCCAACAUAUUUAUGGGUGAAACUGUACACAUCUAGACAUUAACCUGUGCAGUACCCAGAGGAUGCCUUGUUUGACAGCAGGACGUUAGGGUCCUUCUUUGCUGAUGUUUUUGCCAGUGAUUAAAGUGUAAACCACUUAACUGGGUGAGUCGACUAACUGCUUUAGGAUUUGAGAAAACAAGCAAACUAACCAAUCAUUGGCCACCGCUAAUAAUAAACCAUGAUCUACUUCCCAUGGUUAUUGCUGUUUACAGUAUGACUGGUGGAUAGUCACUAACAGCAGCCUCUUCAGUAACGAACCCGUCCUUAGUUCUGUGAAUCCUGCUCAUGAAUGAAGGGUUAUUAUUUUGGAUGGGAACAUUCUCUCCACAACACUACAGGUUUCUGCAUGAAGGCAUAGAACAGACAGAUUUUUUUCUUUACUAAUACUGGGAGGGUGGAGUUUUUAAUUUGAGACUAUGUUCAAGCUGUGAUGAUUCCUUACUUUAUUGCCUCUCUGUGGAGGAAUUGAUUAAAAACAACAAAACCCGAGUUGUCUCCUUUAUCUACAAGCCAGAGCUUAUUUUAUGAGAUCAAUCUCAUCGGUCUUUAACUGACCAGCUUUCCUAUGUUUUUUUGUUUUGUUUAGUUUUUUUAGAUUUUGGUAGACUGAUAUCAGUAAUAUUUUUAAAGAUGUUUUAAUCACAGAUAUUCACACGUGCCCACCAGAAUGAUUUUUAGAGAGACAGCAUUGCAAGUACACUGAUACGUAUGUCAGUGUUUCAUAAGAGCAUCCGUCCAUAGAUCAGCUGGAAAGGUCAAAGGAUUUGUGUGUUUUCAGUGGCUCUUGGCACACAUCUGUUGCUGGUAUCGAUUAUUAAUACAGGACAUUUGUGAAAAUGCAAUUAUUAAGACAAUAAAACAUUUCAGAAAUGUUUAUUAUUAAAAAUACAUUGUUUAGAUAGUCACAUAUUGCAAAGUUAUGAUUCUACAGUAUGCAGUGAUUUCUGAUUUUGCUUGGAUGGACUUCUCUUGUUCAGAUGGUACUUAAUUGGUAGUUUGCUCAUACUGAGGCCACUCACUGAUAUGAAGCAAACUGCUUUAACUGCUUUUCUGAACGAGACACUGUACUGUACUGUGUAAUAGUAAUGAAUAUAUUGGCAGAAUUUGCUUCGCAGGCUACAGCGUAAAUACGUCAACAAAUUCUUGCUGACCGGAUGCCUUGUUUACGGAAGUGUGCGUUCAUGUUUUUUUUUUUGACCCACUGUGUAUAACCACCGAGAGCAUUCAUUGCUGUGUCCACACAGUUGAAAGCCAUUCUGUUCAUUUCCUGCUGCUGUUUCAUUUGUACAAUGUGUGUCUUCAUUGAUGUUUUUUUUUUUAUGUAAACCAGUAUGAAGCCUCAAACUGCUUCUAUGAAACUGUAGAAUGGAACACAAAGUGAAGUGAGACCAUAUCACACAGCUACAAAUAAAACAACUGUCACACAGAAA